AACUAUAAUGGGCUAAGGCCCAAAUCAGGCCCACUCUAUUGCGUGAUUCGUCGUCUGCAGUACAUUUUCCCCAGAAAAUCAAAGCUCGAGAGAGAGAGAGAGAGAGUUUGACGAUGAUCAGCAUUCUCGCUCAGGAGCGUCUUGUCGGCGCCACGCUUGGCAGCGCCUUGACUGGAUUCAUCGUCCUCGAGCAGCGAAAACGCAUCCAUGAAUCCCUCGCCCUUCCUAAAUCUCAAUCCAUGGAUCAAUCUCAGUAUGUUUGUUUCCAGGUGAGAGAUGGCAUGUUGGGGAAGCAAUAUCGGAUGGAAUUUGCAUCUCUGUGGAACAAAGCUGUCGACCAGACAUUUGAGCCUGCUAUUGAGUAUCUUAGUUCUCGUAAAUGGUAGAGAGAUUUGAUUCAACUCACUUUUCGAUUCCUACCCCCUUUUUUUAAUUAGAUACUAUGAAUAUUUGGGGCUUGUCUUGAAUACUGCACCAUCCUUGCUUUCUUGAGAAGAGAGUUGUUGUAUUUACUGAAAAUGUUAACAUGGGUUUUAUUAUUCGUUUAGCUGAA